CCUUGUCCAAUGCAUAGACGUUCGUUCGCAAACUUUGUCAGAUCCAAUCCUCACGCACACAAAUAUGGCAAACAACGCACUGAUGUGCCUCUGUCUGGACGCAUAAAGUCAGAUCUCCGAUACUUACAGAGACGACGCAAGCCAUUAACAGAGAGGCGCAUGUGACAAAGAGACACACUGUAGAAGACCUAUGCGACACAUUGUGCGAUAGACAGGCGUGGGCGACAAAUGUGGGAGUGGGCAAUGUAGCCACAUGACUGGACAAACCUAUGAACAAAAGUCAGGGAUACGCAAGUGCGACAAAAUGGGCCAGACAGACAAGCCCUCACAUGGCGUAUGUAUGCGUGGAUGUAUCCAUCCAUCCAUCCAUCUGUAAGCCAAACCACCACCCAAUCCGUUAUGCCGUGCACAUGAAUGACAUACAUGGAGGGAAAGAAAAUUCUCCGUCACGGGCAUGAGCGGGAACGUGCAGCGCCUCCAUCCAUACAAGACCAGAGCAUCGUACGCCAUACACAUGUGUGGUGCAAUCAGGCAACCAGUCGGGCAGCCAGCCAGCCAGCCAGCCCGGCGCAGCACACACAGGCCAGCACAGAGCCACACACAGGUGGUCUCUCGCUGGCAGAAAACGCAAGUACAGAUGUCAGCGCAUGUAGGUAGCUGGAGUGUACCUACGUAUGUGUAUACAUAUGUAUGAACAACCAGGACGGGCAUGCACAUAUGGCGACAUACAGGGACAGGAAGAAAAUUCGUCCACAGAUGAGAUGACAUGCGUCACAUCGCAUCACAUAGGCAGGCGCGAAUGCGAACAUCGACCAUGCUGCUGGGCAACUCACUUCCGACAAACUUAGUUGCCAGUCAUGCGCACAGGGCACCUCUUGCUGACCACCUGGUCGCCUUUUCGGAACUUGAAUAAGACAGGCACGAUGAUCUUCUGCAUACAAAAAUCCACGCAACCAAAUCGCUAUGGCCUUUGAUGAUGUCGUUUCCUCCUUCUGUUUGUCACCUGUUUGUUGGCCUGUCCCACAUGGUCGCGGACCAUCUUGAGGGUCUGCGAGUUGAGGUCCUUCUUGAUGGCCAGGCCCUUGUUGUUGCCUCUCUUGGGGCCGUGCAGCAUCGCAAACUCAGUCGGGACCCCCACAUACUACGCCCGCCAGCCAUUCCCACCGCCCGCCACACGCGCGAACUCGCUACACACAUGUGAUAAUGAAGCCAACCACGGACAGAUCGACCACUUUGUACGCAUGCCUUCUUGCUAGCUCUCUGCCUUCCCCUCUUUUCUUCUCUCUUGCACCCCGAUUACCUGAUGGGCUUUUCCGAGCUGCUUUUGUCCAAGUGGCCGCCGAGGCACUUGACAGAUGUGCCAGACUCCUCGGUGGCCGCAGCCCGGCAGAUGACGGGCACCCUGCAGUCGACAGUGUCAACAAGUUCAACAUCCUCUCCGUCGAUUGUCACCCCGGUCGUCGUCGUAAACGUCACAUUGAAGUUAACUAUCUGUCACCAUCAAUCCAACCAGACAGCCCGCCCGCCCAUUGCCUUGUCAAUCCAUACAGGUAGGAUCCUAUCUACCUGAUCUAGCGGCGCGCCCUCUCUGCAUAGAAAGGUACAAUGCAUAAAAAGUGAACUUGCAGGGUGAGUGACCGCUCGCUCGCUUCGCUCACAGGCAGGUGAGCUGCAGGGAGCUCUCGCCGAUGAUCCCGUCGAGCGAAAGACAAACUCACCCGUCGACGGGGGCUCGGCGGGACCAAUCUCAGCCGUUAUGUUGGUCACCUCAAUUGCAUCGGAAACAAUUGCAGCAUCGGAAACAUUCAGGUACGUCCUGCGUGCCAAAUGAGAACCAUUAGACACUCAAGACCGUGCAGUGUGUUGCUUGCAAUCGACUGACCCGAUUGGCUCUGUGGUGACAUUGCAGAUGUUCGUUGUGAUGAUCUCGGGAGGCAACACGCAGCUGGCCUGCUUCUCUCCUGACAAAGAGCCAUGACACAACAGAACACAUCAUUCGUUCAAUCUUCCUUCCGAUUGCUGCUCCUACGUGGGCCCCGUGCAGCCGCCAAACCGGCACCGCAGAACACAAUGGCGACAGCGACAAUGCCGAGGCGCAUCAUAGUCACGAAUGAAGGGCGAGAGGAAACGAGGGGGAAGGCACACAGACAAGAGAGGGAGAGGAAUGCACGAAAGCACGAACGAAGCCUUCGAGGAAGCGAAGCCUUUGAAAAGUCUGCCGUUGCUAACGGCUUCCGGUACUGCGGUUGCACCUGCGGUUGCACCUGUGGU